GUCUCUGAAGCAUCCUCUUAGGGGUACAAACAGAAGGAGAACGCUGUCGCCUUUCUGCAGGAUCUGCUCAUGUCCUUUAGCGAUGGAGACCAGGACGUCUUCUUUGAACUGUGGGAAGAGCGCAUCCCUUCCUCCAUCCGAGAGCAAGAAGCCGUGGCUCAGAAGCUAGAGUUCUACCUUCACAUCCACUUCGCCAUCUACCUGCUGAAGCACGCCGUGGGGAAGCCGGAUAAAGCAGCUCUGGACAAAAGGAUUGCCUAUUUCAAAACCUACCUGGAGACCAAAGGGGCCGCUUUGAGCCAGACCACGGAAUUCCUGCCUUUUUACGCCCUGCCUUUUGUGCCCAACCCAAUGAUCCACCCGUCUUUCAAAGAGCUUUUCCAGGAUUCUUGGGAAUUUGAUUUAAAAACGAGGCUGGAAGAAUUCCUGUCUGCAACGCUCAAGGCCAGCGACAGCCCGAGGCUUCUGACCUUAUAUAAAGAAAACACGCAGUGCAGCCAAGAAACGUUGCAGCAGCUCCACCAACAGCUGGUAGAAUCCGAACGCAAAACCAUGACCUACCUCAAGCGUUUCAACAAAAUUCAGGCCGAUUAUCACAACCUCAUUGGCGUCACGGCUGAGCUGGUGGAUUCUCUGGAGGCCACUGUGAAUGGCAAGAUGGUAAGGGCAUCCCUGGAGCAGGAACGGGGUGUCUCGG